AUUUACAUUAGUUUUCUUGCUCUGUACUUUACCCUCGAGUCUCGACGGAUCUGACAACCAGUCUUAUAUAUAAAUCUGAGAAGACAACUGUACCAAAGUAAAAUCAAAUUCGAACAAAGCAAACAAACAAACAAACCCAGAAAAAUCGUUUCCGAAAUUUUUGGUGGUUAUGGAUGUGAUAAAGACGCAGCAGAUUUCGGCGAGGCCGAUCGAGAAGGUGAUAGUUCACCCUCUGGUUUUGCUGAGCAUCGUCGACAACUACAACAGGGUCGCCAAGGACACUCGCAAGCGCGUCGUCGGAGUUUUGCUCGGAAGCUCCUUCAAAGGCACCGUCGACGUCACCAACAGCUAUGCCGUUCCUUUUGAAGAAGAUGAAAAGGACCCAAGCAUAUGGUUCCUUGAUCACAACUACCAUGAGUCCAUGUUCUCCAUGUUCAAGAGGAUUAAUGCCAAGGAGCAUGUCGUUGGGUGGUACAGCACUGGCCCGAAAUUGCGUGAAAAUGAUCUUGAUAUUCACGGAUUAUUUAAUGACUAUGUUCCUAAUCCUGUUCUGGUCAUAAUUGAUGUCCAACCUAAAGAACUGGGAAUACCCACAAAAGCUUAUUGCGCUGUUGAGGAGGUUAAGGAGAAUGCCACCCAAAAAAGCCAGAAGGUGUUUGUCCACGUGCCUUCAGAAAUUGCUGCUCAUGAAGUUGAGGAAAUCGGAGUGGAACACUUACUUAGAGAUGUGAAGGAUACAACCAUUAGCACCCUUGCAACAGAGGUUACGGGAAAACUUACAGCCUUGAAAGGCUUGGAUUCACGACUUAGGGAGAUUCGGAGUUAUCUUGACCUUGUUGUUGAUGAAAAACUCCCAUUAAACCAUGAGAUUUUGUAUCACCUACAGAAUGUGUUCAAUCUACUUCCAAACCUUAAUAUCUCGGAGUUGGUUAAAGCUUUCGCAGUGAAAACAAAUGACAUGAUGUUGGUUAUCUAUCUUUCUUCCCUGAUCCGAAGUGUAAUUGCUCUCCACAACUUGAUCAACAACAAGAUCCUUAACAAGGAGCAUGAAAAAGCGGAAGACUCAAAGCCUGUUGCCGUACCAACUGCAUCAGGAAGCUAGAGUUUUUAAGGUCAGGCUUGGAUUUAGGCGCCUCCAUAUGACGAUGGAAAGCUUCAAUGAUUUGAUCCUCCAGUUCUUUUUUGAUCAUUUAUAAAUCUUGCGCGAUCUGAACUCUGAAGUAGAUGAUGCAGACAUCUUGGCCUGUUUAAUUUUAUCCCUAUGACUUCCUGUCCUACAUGGGGGACAGUUUCUUUCUCAAUUUAUGUUCUCCAAUUUGCCAAAUCGAUGACAGAAAUGUUCUGGGGAUAUAAAGAUGUACUCUCUUUUCAAAUUUUCAAUUGAUCAACCAAAAUCUUGAAUUUUAGCAA